AUGUACUUUUGGAUGAAUCUCUCGGCUCUGAUAUCUGGUUCAGUUUACGGGCACUCGGGGAACACUUGGAAAUUUUCCUCCGUUGCACUGGAUGACAUCGAGUUCACCUAUGCUAACGACUGUGAGGACACCGAGUCAUCACACAACGGGAGGGGAGUCGUUGUCAUCGCCUCCUGCGUUGCAGCUGUCGUCGUUGUUAUUGUUUUCAUUUCCUUCAUCAUCUACAAGAUGAAAAAGAAUAGGGAUCUAACCUUGCCGAGCAUCAGCGAGCCGCCAUUGCCACUCGAAGAAAUCCAUUCAGCUUCAGACUUGAGCAGUACAGCUGACAGACUCCCUAUUGCUGCACCCGAACAGAGUUCGUACGAUGAAAUUAUUGUAGACCAUUCUGUGCAAGACCCUCACAUCUACAGCACUCUUCAGGAAUGCUCAAGGCCUCACUCAGCUGAGCUACCUCGAGCGCCCUCUGACGACACAAACAGCUUUACAGAGAUGAGGGUUCGAAACUCAGGUGAUCCACAAGUAACUGACGAAGACACAAACCUCAAAGAUUCGUCUCACUCAGUCGUCGACGUCAACAACUUCGAUGAGAUCGAACCCAAAACAGAGAGGACGAAGUUGGUGAAGGUUACGAGGUUGCCAAGACAACAGAGUCGUCUGAGUACAAUCAUCUGAGUUACAAAGCACCAGAACUGGCCGUCGCUUCAGGAAGGAACUAGACAAAUUUUUGUGAACAAAGCUGGCGACUCCAGGGUAGAGACUCGUGUUAUACAAUCGGAGGACGAUACAAACCACUCGCUUACUGAGAAGCAUUCGCCUUACAUGGUGCUGGAGGUAGCAGACGACAGGGCCGACGAGCUGACAAACGAAACUGAAGAGGACAGGGGCUACUGCAAGCAACAGCAUCCAAAUGUGGGACAUGGCGGUGGACAGGAGGUUGGACGCAAACAUCUAUAACCAUCUCUUUGACAAAACCAGUGAACAGAUCACAAAACUGAGGGAAUCAGUGAAGUCUUGAAGUUUCAAGCCGUUAAUACAGGGCUACCCGACAUUGCUAUUGACGGUGAAACUCUUUGUUCUGACAACAGCACGAGCUUUAAGAGUUUGACAGAUGCUCCAUCUUACGAACUGAAGAAGCAAGAAGGCAGCAGAGAUGUGAAGUCAGUGAAUGGCGACAGUUAUUCCAGGUUUGAGCUGAGCAGGUGUGGUGACCAGGAUCACAGGUACGAGCUGCUUCAAAAACCAGGCUUCUGUCAUCACAACCCGCCCCAGCAAACAGAGGAUGCCUGUUGUGUGUCGAUGAUGAGUGAUGACAGCCACACAGUCUCCUCCUCAUCUUCAAGUCCAGCAAUGCUAAUGACAUGGAACUGGAUUACUUUGUGCUGGAUGACAAGAUGGCCGACUGUCGACUCAUCUGACUGUGAUUUACUCACUGACUGAUUAUUCAUCGAGGACCCUAUC